AUGUGGCUCUUUCGGGCACUCUCGUCGGCCCUCUUCCUGACCGUCACUGUCUCGUCCAUCCCGCUAGCCUUUGACGUGGGUGGGAAGACAUGCGGUCUGGCCUUCUCACUGUCUCUAGCGACGUUCUACUUUCUAUUCUCAGUCCUGAAGCUCACAACUCCCGAUCGAUCCUGGAUACGCUCCUCGCUCAUCGUUCUAAUCAGCUCCGCCCAAUGGUUCAUCAUCCCGAUCCUGCUUAUCUGGUCUCUGAACCGGUUUUCUGUCGACACGGAUAAUAAUGCGUCGUGGAUGGAACGGACGUUUAGCCUGAAACGUGCUGAUGACUCCUCCCUUCAAGGGUGGAUAUUUGGGCGCGAUGGACUCCUGGAGUCUAUAGCUAUCGGAAAUUGGGACAAACUCUUGAGGUGGUCGACUCCAGUAUUUCAACUUGCGGAAGGGUUCUGCAGCUUGCUAGUCAUUCAAGCGGCGGGGCAGAUUACUCGAUGGCUUGUUAAUCGCGGCGGACGGAGUGAUAGCUGGAUGAUCGGCUUUCUUGUCCUCUCGGCCUCCAUUAUCUCGAGCUCCGUAUACUUUCUCUGGCGCGUCCUGCAGUUUCCUGAGAUCUCUAAUGUGGAUGCUGCUCUAAUAGGUGUGACCAUUACAUGCGCUGUUAUAUUGUGCGCUUGGGGCAUAGGAAGUGGCCGUGGCAACCCGGUUGAAAGUUCGCUUCUAUUUGCCUACGUCGUGCUUUGUGUGUAUCAGAUCUUUACAGACUACCAACCAUCACAACCAGUGGCGCAGUCGGUUCCUUCGCCCUCACAAGCGGGAGAUUUCCCUCCGCUCCCGCCCAUCAUCAUGGCCUCAUACACCACUCUCAUGCAUGCCUUGUCUCUGCUACCAUCCAUCAUACACGCCGCAUUCAAUAUGAUUACAGCCGUGUUUAGUGCAGUUACUCCAUCUGUCUUAAUCUCGCUCACCUACCGUAUCCUCGUGCUCUAUGCAUCGACGAGAAUUAUACCCGCUGUCCGCGAAGCAGGCGCUCGCGCGCUCUCUCAAGAGGCCACAUUGGACGACUCUGAUGCCGCGGGUCAGUUCUUAGGCUUCUUAAGCUAUUUUUCUCCUUCUAUCCUUAUUGCAGUCUAUACCAGUCUGCUGAUGCAGCACUUUGCGACUACCUCACAGGCCAUGGGUGGUAGUGGGCAGUGGUGGAGUACGCAGGGAGCCGGAGGUGGGAAUCUUUGGCGGUGGAUCAACCUUGCAGGAACACUAGCCUUAUACGCUGUUGAACUCUGGCUAGGAGCCGCAGAUGACCUAGACUCAGGACUCGCCGGUCAUUGGAAGACAGACUGA